CACCUGGCCACUACCUGUGCUGUGACCGUGAGUACUUGCAGGAACAGUGACAGCAGUGUGAUAGGUCGGCAGGAACAUGAGGUGGUGUGUGGAACUAAACUUAGAUUCGCAUUCUCAAACACUUCUUUGCUUCACAUCCUCUAUUUCAAAAGGCCUUAUUUAAAUUUACACGAGUUUUUAAAGUUGUUUUUUAGAUUGUAGAGGCAGAGUGACAAGAUUUCUACAUUAUCAACUGGAGAAACACAAUUGAAAACUGUGCUAACUAUCCUUGUGGCCUUGGAAAAUAGUCGUAGUGAGAGAGCAAAGGGUUUCUGAAAGCGGACCUUAGUGCAGAGGUUAUUUAACGGAUAUAAUACGUCUUCAUGAAUUCAGUGAUAAUCUAACAACUACAAGGAACAUAAGAAACACAAGAAAAUGAUGGAAGCUGCAAGACGCUGCCAGGCCUACACGUGGCAGUCCUUUAUGAACAAAGCUACUCAACUCCUUCUAUCAUCCCCAUCGGCACCAUUAAUGAGAAAACAACCAUAAGAAGACGAACAAUCAUCACUAUCGCUUGGGUCGUGGCGUCGCGGAGUGGAGUGAGGAAGAAGCUACAACACGGAGAGGGUCGUCCACAUCCUAUAAAGGAGGCGGGAGGGACUCUGCAGUCACUGUCUCUGCUUCAGCCAGACAAGCAGCAGCAGCAGUAGCAGCAGCACCGCUACUCAGCUCCUUCCCUCCUCUCUCUUACACAUCAUGAACCGAGUCGUGUGCGUGAUGGUGGUGGUGGUGGCGGCGGCGGCGCUGUCAUCUGCCAGCUCCCAUUCCUGCAAUACCUUCUGCGAUGACCCAGACAUUGACGCCGAGGGGCAUUACGUGUGUUGUGACAGUUACCCCGGCACGUGUCCACCUAUCGUUUUCUGUAACUACGGCCAAAGAAGGUGUCACUACGAUGGUCAGUGCGGGCCGGGCUCCAAGUGCUGUGACUCUCGCUGUGGAAAGAGGUGCAUUGCUUAUCCCCCCCUCAAGUAACACCACCACCACCACCGCCGCCACCAAUGACUAUGGAGAAGAAACCUCGUCCUAUUAUUGAUUGUUGUCAGUUGAAGAUGUGAGAGGUCUUUCAAAUAAAUGAUUGGUUUAAUGGA